GACUUUAAGCCAUUGACAGUUUUAGGCCAAGGUGCUUACGGGAAGGUUUUUCUAGUGAAAAACAAGAACACUGGGAAACUUUUUGCGCAGAAAGAAUUGAAAAAGGCCUCAAUCAUUGUCGAUAACAAGAAUGUUGAACGGACGCUGUCCGAAAGGACAAUUCUAUCAGAAAUAACUUCACAUCAAAAUAUUGUCAAGCUAUUUUAUGCACUUCAUGAUAGCUCCAAGCUGUAUCUUCUGAUGGAAUACAUUCCUGGAGGGGAGUUGUUCAGGUAUCUUGUCCAAGAAAAAUUUCUCAAUGAGAAGAAAACAUCGUUUUACAUCAUUCAGAUGUCAUCAGCUUUGAGAUUCUUGCACAAGUUUGGUAUUGUAUAUAGAGAUCUAAAGCCUGAAAACUGUAUGUUGGACAAAGAUGGAUAUUUGAUAUUAACAGAUUUCGGAUUAGCAAAAAAAUCAUCUCAAAGUGGUGAUGAAGAAUAUUCAAAUGACAAUUGGUGUACUUCAAUCAUUGGAACACCAGAAUAUUGUGCCCCAGAAGUGCUAAAGGGCGAAAAUUAUGGUUUCAAAGCAGAUUGGUGGUCUCUUGGGUGUGUAACAUUUGAUCUACUCACUGGGAACCCGCCAUUCACUGGCAACAGCCACAAAGCGAUCAUGAAUAAAGUGAUAAAGGAAAAACCCAAAUUCCCCUUUUAUGUGACAACGGAAAGUAAAGAGAUUCUUAACAAAUUGUUGAACAAGAACCCGGCAAAAAGGUUCGAUGUAGAUAUGGACUGGGAAAAAUUUCAAAAGCUACCAUUUUUCAGGCACUACGAGUUCAAAGAUGUCAAAGAACGGAUAAUUGAACCACCUAUAGUGCCACUGAUCAAAGACUUGGAGAAAGCAGAGAAUUUCGACGUUGAGUUCACCAGCAUGAAAUUGAGCGAUCUGAAUGUUGGGGGGAUAGAUAUAAAUACCCUUGAUAAUGGCACGGAACAAGAGGAUUUCUUCUCGGGUUUCUCCUUCACAGCAAGCAACAGUUUUGUCGAUAGCUAUUUG